CUCUCUUCCCACCUCUCACUCGAGGAAUAGAAGUUGUCAGCCAGGAACGGGACGGGGCAGUCUCCCACUCCAUUUCUUCAGCUAUCCGCCUGCACUAUCCCUCCUGUAUGGUGGAUAUUAUAUUCAAUUCUUCUUUCUUGGGUGAUAUGGGGGAUCAUUCCAAAAAGAAGUCUGGAAUCGCAAUGUGUGUGGGCUGUGGGAGUCAGAUCCACGACCAGUACAUCCUGCGGGUCGCCCCGGACCUGGAGUGGCAUGCUGCGUGUCUGAAGUGCGCGGAAUGCAGUCAGUACCUGGAUGAGACGUGUACUUGCUUCGUCCGAGAUGGCAAGACAUACUGCAAAAGAGAUUAUGUAAGAUUAUUUGGGAUUAAAUGUGCAAACUGUAACAUUGGCUUCUGCAGCAGCGAUCUAGUGAUGAGAGCUCGUGACAACGUGUACCACAUGGAGUGUUUUAGGUGCUCGGUGUGCAGCAGGCAUCUCCUGCCGGGGGAUGAGUUCUCUCUGCGGGACGAGGAGCUGCUGUGUCGGGCUGAUCAUGGUUUACUGAUGGAACGGGCCUCAGCGGGAAGUCCCCUCAGUCCGGAAAUUAUUCACUCCAGGUCUCUUCAUAUUGCAGAUCCUGUGUCCGUUCGACAGCCUCCUCAUCGGAACCACGUCCACAAGCAGUCUGAGAAGACCACUCGGGUGCGAACAGUAUUAAACGAGAAGCAGCUCCAUACCCUUCGGACCUGUUACAAUGCCAACCCAAGACCAGACGCACUUAUGAAAGAACAAUUGGUUGAGAUGACCGGUCUUAGCCCAAGGGUCAUCAGAGUUUGGUUCCAGAACAAACGUUGUAAAGACAAGAAGAGAUCGAUAUUCAUGAAGCAACUUCAACAACAGCAUCACAGCGAUAAAACGAAUCUUCAGGGGCUGACGGGUACGCCUCUGGUGGCAGGCAGUCCAAUUCGACACGACAACACGGACCAAGGGAAUCCAGUAGAGGUGCAGACUUACCAGCCCCCAUGGAAGGCCCUGAGCGAGUUCGCCUUGCAGAGUGAUCUGGACCAGCCCGCCUUCCAGCAGUUGGUGUCUUUUUCUGAAUCGGGCUCCAUGGGUAACUCCUCCGGCAGUGAUGUGACCUCCUUAUCGUCGCAGUUGCCGGACACCCCGAACAGCAUGAUAGCGAGUCCGGUGGACACGUGAGACCAGCCCAACAGGUCGCUUCGAACCCCAGCAUGCUCCCGCGUGUCCUGCAUGAGAACUGGCCAGCUCACAGCAUGGAUAGGAAAAUGAUUUUUUAUCUUAUUUAACGAACAAUAUCGUUGGAAUUGUCUACGAGGAUACCAAUUUUUCACGGAUGGACCUGUCCACAGCAUUGUUCAGGAUCAGAUGAAUUUCAAGGUACCAGUGUGCGAAUCAAGGCCUUUAACUAAGGCAGAGUCUGAGCCUCGGAUCCUACAUGGUUGGACAUACGUGAGGAUUAUAUCUACAAACAUUCAACUUUAUUAUGAGCCGCUGAUUUAUAAUGAACAUAUCAGAACGUAAUCCAUAGUGGCCAACACGGUCAUCAUUGUAGUUUCAUCUAAAUGUCCUAUGCCGGGUUGGGAUCAUAUGGAGCCCCAUGUCUCCGUAGAUGUGCAUGAUUUCUAGAGGUUAUGAAUAUCAAGUCUUGUAAAAUAUUGUAAUUAAGUGGAUGAGAUACAAAUUGAGCCUUUUAAGAAAAAGUAAGUUAUUGUUAUUUAUUGUGAGGAAAGACAGGUAAUCUUAAUAAACCCAUAUUAAUUGUUUCAUGUUUAAUGAACUGCAUGCGAAAUCUCUGCAGUAAUUCAUUAAAAUAUUCACCGAAAUUUCAAUUGACAAAAUAAAUCACUUUAUGUAUUUA